AUGUCCGUGAUUCCUACAGUUGAAGGACUAUCGAUCUACUCCGAUAUUUCAAAGCAAAAGCGCAGAUAUGAUCUUAGUGCAAAGUUUCAACGGCUUUUCAACCAAAAUUACGAGUUCAUUGCUCGAGCUCCAGGAAGAGUAAACAUAAUAGGCGAACAUAUCGAUUACUGCCAUUUUUCUGUUUUGCCUAUGGCAAUUGAGGUGGACGUCAUUGCUGCCGUUGCUGCCUCCGAAGAUGAGACGGUGGUCAUAGCGAACACCAACCCAAAGUUCCAUCUGCAAGCCUUUUCCAUUCCACGAGACGAGCAGAUUGUCAUCGACACUUAUUCGACCACCUGGGGCGACUACUUCAAAUGUGGAGUGAUCGUGGCCCAGCAGUACAUUUAUCAGAAUCAUCCUCAAAUUCGAGAACAAGGCAUCCGUGGCCUCAGGGCCAUUUUCGACGGCACAGUGCCUACUGGCGGAGGGUUGUCGUCGUCUGCAGCAUUGUGUAUCGUGUCCACAUUGGCUAUUUUGCGUGUGAACAACGUGGAGAUCUCCAAGGAAGAACUCACCAGGAUAACCAUAUAUUGCGAACACUUUGUUGGUUUACACAGCGGAGGCAUGGAUCAAUGUGCCUCCGUGUUUGGAGAAGAUGGACGGUUGUUGUUAAUUCUGUUUGACCCGAAAUUAAGCGUCGUGCCCUUCGAGCUUCCCAGAAUCUCACCGCAUCCCAUCUUCUUCAUCACCAACUCUAUGGUGACAGCAAACAAAACAGAUACCGCACCAACCAACUACAAUCUCCGAGUAGUAGAGGUGGAUGUUGCAGCAGAUUUAAUCGCACAUAUUCUUGAUUUGGACCCCGUCAAGAACUCCAGCCAGAAAACGGCCACAUUGAGAAGCGUGAUGGAUGCCUAUUUCGUUCAGAAGAUGGCAUCACUGCCCUGGAACGGAAAAGAUAUCAACCAGGGAAUAGAGCGUCUCCAGCGAAUGCUUGAGAUUGUCGAUCACGUAUUCUACGAAACAGAAAAAUCUGGCUUUACCACCGAAAUGGCUGCUUCAGCUCUUGGUAUUUCACAUCUGACUUUUGGUCGACGCUACUUGAGUCUGUUUCCUGUGAGCUACCAAAAACUUAAUCUCUAUAAGCGUUGCAAGCAUGUUUACGGUGAAGCACUCCGAGUUCUCCAGAUGGUGCAAUUGACAUCUACUUAUGAUGGAGACUCAAAUCACUUCUUCCAGAGCAUGGGCAAAUUGAUGAACGAAUCACAGGCCAGCACUCGUGAUUAUCACGACGCAUCCACUGUUGAAUGUGAUGCCAUGUGUGAAAUUGGAAUCAGAAAUGGCUCCUACGGAUCGAGAGUCACGGGCGCAGGCUGGGGAGGAUGUAUCGUUCACUUGACGUCUCUGGAUCGGUUGGAGACGCUUCGAAACGCGUUGAAGUCUCAAUACUACGAGAAGCGGUACCCUGAACUCAGUGAUGAGCAGGUUGGGGAGGCCAUGGUGGAGAGUCGACCAAUCUGCGGCGCCUGUUUUGUUGAUGUGCAACACGAAUGGUUGUAG